CACGAUUCGUAGUAUUUUCAAAACAGUCCUAGAGGUGCUCCAAGUUGAUCAAAAUAAAUUUUCGCGUGGCCUGUGUGAUUAUUUUUGAUAAAUUACAAAAAUGGAUACGCCGUUGAGAGAGCAAGUGAUGAUCAAUCAAUUCGUUUUGGCGGCAGGGUGUGCCAGGGACCAGGCAAAACAGAUUUUGCAAUCGGCCCAUUGGCAAUUCGAGACAGCUCUAAGUAUAUUUUUUCAAGAUGCAGCUAUACCCAGUUGUCCUCACGGAGCAAAUUCACAUUUUGGACAGGUUAUGACGCCGUGUAAUACACCAGCCACCCCACCAAACUUUCCCGACACACUUUUAGCCUUCUCGAAAUUGUCGGCAGGUUCUCCAUCUCAGGGUUUGAAUAACACAAUGCAAACCAGUCCGAUACCAUUACAAACUACAAAUCAUCAACCGCAGGCGGCUCAACCUCAACGAUAAUAGUAUUUUUAAUGAGAAAUUUAUUAUCAAGAAAAAAGAAUAUUUAGAAAGAAGAAAAUUUUUUUUUUGGUAUAAAUAGUAGUACAUAUUAAUUGAUUUGAUGACUUUAUAUUAUAAAAUUAUAGUGAAUAUUUUCCACAUCAAUCAUCCAGGGACUUAAGUGUGGAAUUGUUUAUAUUUUAUAGUGAAAUUUUUAAGUAUUUACCUUUUUUUUCCUCACAAGUGAUUUAUCAGUUAGGUUUUUUUUGUUAUUAUAAUAAGACUCGCCACAAAUAAAAGUUACUUUGUUGGUGGAAAAUUAAACUCCAACCAAUCACCUUUACAUGGUAUGGACUGUUGUUAGCUUUAAUUGGCUCGUUAAUGCAAAAAUAAUCAAGAUUUUUAUUUGAAAAAAUCAUUAUUGAAUGACCUCUAGCUAAAAAAAAAUUGUAAUAUAUUACUAAAUUUAGUUAUACAAUGAUUUAUCUUCCUACAAAACUUUAUUGUUUUUAUUUCUGUAAUUGUAAUUAAUAUAACAAUUCGAUAAUUAUAAACAAGACAUUGUGGUUUGAUUUAUAUUGGUUCGUUAACAUCAACUCUGAAUUUACUCGAAUCAAAACAAAAAUACAAAAAAAAAAAAAUGGUGUAAUAUAAUUGACAACAAUAAUAAUUAUUAAACAAUAAUUAAUUAUCUAUAUAAGUAAUAAUUAUUGUUAGUAAUCAAAAGUAUGAAAUUUUAAUGAAAAAGGUUACAUUUUUUUCUAGUCCAGUUUUACAAAAUCCGAUACUACUAUUCUGGAGAAGACCCCAUGAAAUAAUUAGCGGCAUUCGGAUACUUUUCCGGAUCAAAAUCUUCGUUAUUUCUCAAAUUUGUCUGGACUGUCGUCUGUAAUAAGGACCUGAAGGCUGCCUGGAUUUCUACAGAUUCACUAGCUGCUUCAGCCACUUCGGCUAGGGGCGCUGCUGAGGCAAGACCCGAGGAGGUUACUGCUUGUUGGAUACUUUCUGAAAAUUCAUCACUAUU